AUGCCUAUCAAUCCGCCACAUGCAACGGAUCAAGCAACGCUUCGAGCAACUCCAAUGGACGUCUUUCCUACCGACCCAGCAAAGCUUGCGCCCCUGCUCAUCGACGAGCGCACUGGAGAGCCCUAUCUCCAGCUGCCGUCACCGCAUGAGCGCAUUCGUAUCACUCCUCCGCGCGAAGCAGAUGUCGACUCGAUUGUGCAGCACAUGAACGACCCUCGGAUUUUCGAGUAUCUUGCCAGCCCCCCUCACCCGUACAGCCGAGACGACGGCAUCAAAUGGAGUCAGAGAAUUCGCACGGCCUCGCAAGCUGUAUUCAGGGAGAUUGAAACUGGCGCCCAAUUUGUGAGCGGUUGUCCAGUCAGGUCGAUACGCGAAAUCCAGGAAGACGGCUCAGAUGUCUACAUAGGAGAUAUUCUGAUCGACCGAGAGAACGAUGAUGUCGCAUGGAUAUCCUCAAGCGAUGCCAAUAACUCUGCAAAGUCCGCCGGCGACCCGUCUAUUCUCUACAGCAUUGGAGACUAUCUUUCCCCUACCCAUCAUCGCCAAGGCAUCAUGAGCGCGGUGUUGAACACGGUGCUUGCCUCAUGGGCGAUCCCGCGCAUGAACUGCCGACGAAUUGUAGCGACUGCGUUUAUAGGAAACGUGGCGAGUGUCGGUGUCUUUAAAAAGGCCGGCUUCAAGCACACGAGGGAUCAGAAGGAUGCAGCCCGGCUUCCAGAAGGGCGAGGUGGCCACUUGAGGGAUCUGCACAUUAUGGAGUGGACACAUGAAUAA